AUGUCGCAGCCAGGAACACCACUGGCAGUUGAACUGAAAACAGUAUCCGGCAGAAAAUGUACUGUCGACCCCCCGUUCACUGCGCAGCGCCUGGUGGACGCUGCUGUCGAUCAGCUGCACCUUGAGCGCAGCACAAUCAAACUAUUUGUCGGGAGGCGACUCGUAUACAUGUGGAAGCCGGAGGACUCCGAGCCCAACCAACGCCUGCGUGCCCAAGUCACCGUUCCAAAGGGCGGCAGCGUGUUGGUGGUGGGGAAGCCGGCACUGAGACAAAAGACUCACCCCUCGAGGGCGAAGGGCGUGGACACGUCGAAAGGCUCCCCCGCCGCGGAUGGGGCCGCAGAAAAGAAAAAACCCCUCCUCACCCCCGUGGCCUCCGCUGCGGAUGACGGCAUGUACAUCCGAUGCGGCUCAAGCGACAGAGGAUUGUACCGAUUCCUUAAGCCGCUGGUGUUCAUGCUUGGUCGACGUGGCCUGCACCAUCUCUUUCUGGUUGCGAAGGGCCAGUACGGCCAUCUUCCCGAGUCCUUCCAAGACCACCCCGUGAUGGUGUGCAUCGUGGAAUACGUCGAUCGUGACCCCGGCCGGCUGAAGGAGAUACUCAACACGAUACAGGAGGAAGAACCAGGUCUGAUGAGGUGGAUUGAGACACACGCCGAGUUUUUUCUGAAUGUUAUCAACACCCCUCCACAGUGGCGGGACGACACAUCCCCCAUAUGGCUGAUACGUCACGCAAAGAAAGUGUACAGUGCGGAGAACACAAAGAAAACGGACAAGAGUGAGCUUGUUCGUGCAGUGACACCAAGUUACAAACAAAUGGAACUAAUUCCAGAGGAUCUUGCCGACAAUGGAAUUUUGCUGAAUGAGAUUGGCUUACCGCAGGAUGCGGAUUCCGGUGAGGUUAACAGCAAUCCUGAUUCCUCGCGAACCGCGUCAUUGGAAAGCAUCCAAAGCACCGCAGUGAUGGAGUCUUCAACCAAGGAUUUAUGCUCUGAAGAAGAUUCUCUGCUUGAUAUAACCAUUCAGGAACUACAAACGGUGUAUCGUGCGUGGGAACUCGCAAGAGAACGAUAUGGUAGAACGGUGGGAAAUUUGACAGAUAAAAAACGUCUGGAGUCUGAACUGAAAUCCCGAGUGCGUGAUGUACACAGCACCCUUAUGCGCGCUAUGGAAAGCUACAUUUUGAAUCCCCCCAGCCCUGCCUCGCUGAAGAAGCUGUUACUGAUUGGGCACCGCGCAUGGAGCGAGAGUGAGCAAUGGUUUAUUGAAAAAGAACAUGUUUUUAACGCACUCGAUACAGCAUUGGGGAGACUGCUCUUUAAUGCCGGGAAGGAAUUACUUAUGGUCCGAAACUCCACACACCAUCAGAAGGAGAGCAAUUCUUCCAAUAGAAAAUCAUCCCCAAUUAGUGAAUUCCAACAGUUUCCUGCGUUGGACCUCACAAUACGGUGGAUCACAGCCAAUGGCCCAAGUAUUCUUGCGCAUCAGCUACGAGAAUACAGUCUCCAGCAGUCUGUGAGCAUCGUUAUGUACAGUCAAACCUCCUGCAAUCAAGUCUAUGCAUAUGUUGUAAGAGACGGUGAUGUGAAGAUUGCACCUAUUGUUGUGGACGAACACGCUGACCGGGAACUGAAAGAACUUGAACGCCUCUAUGAAGUUAUGUCCCAAACGUAUGCUCCAAAAGAUGCCAUGAAAAUGCGGAGGGUUAUUCGAUCUCGUUGGGCUGGUCUUCUUGGAAAACUUUAUCAGCGUCUACUAAGUCCUAUUGAGGGGUUUCUCCCCAGACCUGCGUUAAAACCACACGUACCACCGUCCGAGGUGGGUCAAAUCUGCAUCAUUGACACUUGGGCUCCGGACCACAUUCCCAUUCCUUUUCCUGCACUUUGGAAUCCGGCAGAUGGGGCCUCUUGUCUACUUCAAUGGGCAGUUUUUAAGGCCAAUCGUCCGUGGGACCUAAUUUCUUCGGCAGAGGUUCCUUGGUCUAACCCCGUUGCGAAUUCCCCCGUUAUUACACGCGUUGCCGCUCCAAUCGUUGUUCGGCCUACCAUGAGUGUAGUUGAAGAAACCACCUGUUCAAGAACAAAUAUGGUGACUUAUGUAAAUACCAGCGAUAUUGGAUGUGUCUCCGUGGGGGACAAGACACGCAGUCGACCUUUGAAGGGAGCUAAUAAGGUAGAAUAUGGGGAAUUAUGGCAGAAUGUCCCAUGGGAGCACUGGAUACAGAAGGCAUUGGGUACCUUUCACGCUGGUAUUCCGACAUAUGCAUUCUUGAAGGGCAAAGAUUCAAUGCAAAACGGGGCAACUGCCCUUUUUAUUCAUGAGGUAGUCUUUGCAGAGAAUGAAAGCAUCACAUCCACAAGAUCAUCGUCGCCGCCAAAUGGGAAAGGCAAAAAAGUUUUAACCGCUCGAGAGAUGCCUUAUAAUCAAAGUGCAGAUUUGUUUGUGUCUCACGUUGUGGGUCGUGAUAGCGGUGUAGGCAUACACCGUGCUGCUCUUUUGCCGACAUUUAAGGUGGCCGGGCGUGAUCCGGCGGAAACGUAUGCAUCAUUCUUGAAGACACUGGUCGCUACGAAUGAUAUGACGGCAGCCAAAGCAUACCGCUUAGCGGUGUUAAUUUCAUGGCACACCGAUUGUAGGGAGGAACCGUGGCGUUCCGCCUCGCUGAUGUUAUUUAACUACGGUGGCACAAUGAAUACGCUUAGUUUUCUUCAUUCAGAGUACUGCAAGAAACGUUAUUUAAAGUCUUUACAUGUUUUUCGGGGUGGAGAUGCCAAUUUCAACAAAGAUGCUGAAAAACAACAAAACGAGGCACAGCUAUUAAGGAAUCAACCUUCCAUCUGCAACACGGCGGAUGGUUGUUACGUACGAAAACAUGGAAUUGACGCCAUCUAUGAAGUUGUGUUACACGGUUUAUCUAUUGCCCGACCGCAGGGCGAAGUUGCCAUUCUUGACAACAUGAUUCAAUGUAUUGAGAAUAAUAGAUCCUCGCUUGAGGAGUGCGUUAAACGACGCAGGGAGGGGAAAGACGUAGUACAGGCACUUGAUACUCCUCCCGCGGAAUUGGUUUUUGCACCAUCCUUGAAUUCGGACGGAGGGGCGUCUUUUGUUUCGCCGGUGAGGGACAUCGUCACGGCCUUUAGGAACGGCGGGGAAGAGAACAGUUCCAGUGGUUUGCCCACUCGUGAUAUGCGACGGCGUAAAGGCAAUCAACCGCCGAAUAGCCGACGCCCGCCGUCUGAUAGUUAA